UCACUCCCACAGAUGAAACAUGAGGAGUAUGUAGCAGAAACCAACAUUUCCACAGUAAUGCAAUUUGUCCUCCUGGGAUUCGAGGAUCUUCCCAAACUCCAAGGGAUUCUGUCUGCAUUGUUCUCCAUCAUUUACAUGAUUAUCCUCAUUGGUAAUUGCCUCAUAAUACUAAUAACUAGACUUGACCCUACACUGCAGAAACCCAUGUACUUUUUCCUUGCAAAUUUUUCUUCCCUGGAAAUCUGUUAUGUAUCAGUUACUGUCCCAAGAAUUCUGUUCAACAUUUGGACACGGGAUAGAAACAUCUCUUUGCUGGCUUGUGCUGUGCAGAUGUGCUUCUUUCUUAUGUUGGGAACUAAUGAGUGUUUUCUCUUGGCUGUGAUGUCCUAUGAUCGCUAUGUGGCCAUCUGCAACCCUCUGCACUAUCCUCUGGUCAUGAACCCCAGAAAAUGCACUCAGCUGGCCACAGGCUCCUGGCUCAUUGGCAUCCCAAUCCAGAUUGGGCAAACCUGUUGGAUAUUCUCUAUGAAAUUCUGCAAUUCUAAUAAAAUAGACCACUUCUUCUGUGAUAUACCACCCAUUCUCAAGCUGGCAUGUGGGGACACUUUAGGGCAUGAACUGUCUGUCUAUGUGGUUGUUAUGGUGGUGGCAGCACUGCCUUUUAUACUGGUGCUUACAUCCUACAGUAAAAUCAUCACCACCAUCCUGAGGUUGCCAACAGCCAAAGGGCGAGCAAAAGCCUUCUCAACAUGC